AUGCCGCCGAAAAAGAGCCCAGCAGAUGGGGAGCCGGACUGGCUGAAGGCCGUAUUGAGGAGGUUUGAUGAUUUUUUUGAGCGUUUCGACAAAAUCAUUAGUGUUGUUAUGAAAGUUCAAGAAUCUCAUUCUACCAUUCUUGAUAAGCAGAAGGCUAUGGAGCAAUUACUAUCAAUUGAUGCCCUUCCUUGCUCUCAUCCAAGCUCUGCUCUGUAUAGCACGUUAUCCAAAUUCAAAUCGGACACUAAAAUUGUUGAUGACAUUGCCUGUAAGAUAACAUGGGUAGGCAUUGAGGAGAAAGCGACGGAGGAAGCUACGCGCGCUUAUGAUAGGGAGGCCAUAAAGGAAGUGGUUGAAACUUCAGGAGACAAAUGCCUCCUAGAAGAGUUCAACCAUGGUCGAAUAGAGUUUUGCAGACACCCGAGAACAAGGGUUCCAGGGCGCCUGCAAAGCUCCCGUCCGCGCAUUAUCAAAGAACCAGGAACUCAGGGACCGCUUGCUACAGCAUAUGAGAAGUGGGCGUCAGUCUCUUACCAAAGACUUUCGUCCAUUCAUAUGCUCCGCCCUGACUAUACCAGGGAAGAGAUUGAGUAUGAUCGCGCGCUACGUAGGAAAGCAGGGAUCAUGAACAGCCAAGAGGGAAAGCUUACAUAUAUAGUCCGCGAUCUUGCGAUACACAAACUCCGAUCCCGCGCGAGUUACCUGCAAGCACCCCUAGCAAGCGCCAAUCUCCAAACGCUCUCUCUUUAUCUCCGAUUUCGAUCUCGCACGUUCAUUGUGCUGCAGAAGUUGCACACUAGGGAACAGGAGAAGAUAAUGCGCGCUAAUCAUCAAGUCCACACAUCAGGAAUGAUAGCUGCUCAUUUAUUCAAUGCUCGCUCGCUGUUAAACGAAAUAGCCGACUUGAAUUUCCUUUUGCAUGAAAAGCCUCAUGGAUUAUUCAUAACAGAAAGUUGGUGUAAGCCUUGGUCUAUUCAAGACGCCGCGCUCAGCCAUGGAUCCGACUACAGUAUAGAUUCUAAAAACCAAAAAAUGCUCAUUUUUCUUACCUACAGAGGCCCAUCAUGUAGUACCGCCUCACUUACUGAUUUCAUCGCUUAUAUUGAGUGCUUUCUCAGCGAGUGGAGGAAUCAUGUAGUAAUCUUUGGGAGAUUUCAACUUCCCUACGAUUGA